CAAAUAGGAUUCAAAAUGCCUAUCAAAACAAUGUCGGAAUACUGGAUUAUCUCGGCGCCUGGCGACAAGACGUGCCAGCAAACCUUUGACACGAUGAACAACCUCACCAGCAAGCAACAUAAUCUAUGCAGCAACUACAAGUUCCAUAUACCCGAUCUCAAGGUUGGCACCUUGGAUCAGCUUGUCGGUCUGUCCGAUGAUCUGGGCAAACUGGAUACGUAUGUGGAGCAGAUCACCCGCAAGGUGGCCAUGUACUUGGGUGAGGUGCUCGAGGAUCAGCGCGACAAGUUGCAGGAGAAUCUGCAGGCCAACAACAGUCCUGGUCCACCCGAUGAAGUCAUGCCGUGUCGACACCACAACCGCCUGAAGCAUUUGAGCCUGCGACAUCAGCGUAAACACCAGCACACGCACCACCAAAACAAUCCCCUACACUACCAUCCACAUCAUCACCACCAGCUGCCCAUGGAUAUCAAGGGUAAAUCGAACAUAAAUCUCUCAAUUAGUCGUGACACCACAAAACCAACAAAUGCCACUACUACUACCAAUACCAAUACUACUACUACUACGCAUGCAACCGCAACAGCCGCCGCCAACAACAUUGCCUCAUCAGCCACAACCACCUACGCCUCUGCCUCCGCCUGCGCCUCAGCGUACGCCUCCGCAUCCACAUCAGCUAGAGCAAGUGCAUCGGCAUGUCCCGGCUGUCCGGCUGGCAUCGGUAUCGGUGGUAUCGGCGGCAUCGGUAUCGGCGGCAUCGGCAUUGGCAGCGGCGGCAGCCUAAACAAUUUAUCCUCAACGCACGAUGAAUCGGAGCGUGAAUUUGACUUUGUGAUACCGCCUGGUUGUGCCUGCGAUGAAUGCUAUGCGCUAAGCAGCAGCAGCGUCUUUGCCCCGCCCAGCGCCAGCGCCACAGCGAGCACGCUGAUGGCCGAUGAAUGUUACUCCCAGACAGCUUCCUCCAUGCUGAAUGCCACGCGCUGUGCCAUCUCCACGGUGACCGCCAUUGCCACCGGCAGCAGCAUGUUGUGCAGCACAAGUGCUACUGCUGCUGGUGCUGCUACAACUGUUGUUGAUGGCGCUUCUGCAGCUGCUGCAAGUGCAAGCGCAGCGCCUGCCAAGACAAGCUCUGCCUCCACAUUAUGCUCGUCGGCUUACUUUUCAACAUCGGCGCCAACAGCGAGCAGCUCGGUGCAUAGCAUGUCGCGCUCUAACAGCAAAAAGCUGAAUAACAACACUUGCAGCAUAAACAACAACAAUAACAACAACAACAACAACAGCAGCAGCAGCAGCAACAAGCUGAGCUUUCGCAGCACCAGCAGUCACAUAAGUCAAUUGCAUAUGCCACAAUCGCCAUCACCGAUGCCGUUGUCACCGCAUAAGCAACAGCACUCGCCGCCAUUGCUAUCGCCAACAGAAAAGUCAUGUGACACGGACUUGGACUUGGAUGAGGAUCUCGAUGAUCCAAAGAGUCCGCAUAGCGCAUCGUCGCUAUCGGAAACAUUCGACUGGUGGUUUAAUAAACCGAAGCGUAACUCUAAGAAGUGCAGUGCACAGACACCCAGCAAACUGAUCCAACAACAACAACCACAACCACCAACAACACCAAUGACAUUUUGGCAUCAGACAUCGCCCACACCGCGCUCUAGUUAUCGCUCUUUCUUCAAUUCUCUUGCCGAUCAAAUUUAUAGCAAACGUUCUACACCGAGUCAAUUAAAUAUAAACAAUGGAUUUAAUUUAACACCAACUCAUAGAUCGUCUCCAGUGAGUAGUUGUUGUGGCAGUAGUAGCCAGGGGCGUUCCAGUCCAGACACGGAUCACGCUGAGCCGCCCGAAUUUCCGCUGAGUCCAGCUGAUCUGCCGCUGUAUUUAACGCGUUUCCAAUGGGACAUGGCCAAAUAUCCAAUCAAGCAAUCGCUGCGCAAUAUCGCCGAUAUCAUUUCCAAACAAAUCGGUCAAAUUGAUGGCGAUUUGAAGACGAAAUCGCAGGCCUACAACAACCUCAAGGGCAAUUUGCAGAACUUGGAGAAGAAGAAAACUGGCAGUUUGUUGACACGCAACCUGGCGGAUUUGGUUAAGAAGGAGCACUUCAUUCUGGAUUCGGAGUACUUGACCACGCUCCUGGUGAUUGUGCCAAAAGCCAUGGCCAACGAUUGGCUGGCCAACUAUGAGAAAAUUACGGACAUGAUUGUGCCACGUUCGUCGCAGCUGAUUAAGGAGGACCCCGACUACUGUCUCUUCAAUGUGACGCUGUUCAAGAAGGUGACCGAGGAGUUCAAGCUGCAUGCCCGUGAGCGCAAGUUCAUUGUGCGCGACUUCGUCUACAAUGAGGAGGAACUUGCAGCGGGCAAGAACGAGAUGACCAAACUGAUGACCGACAAGAAGAAGCAGUUUGGCCCAUUGGUGCGCUGGCUGAAGGUGAACUUCAGUGAGGCAUUCUGUGCCUUGAUACACGUGAAAGCGUUGCGUGUGUUUGUUGAGUCCGUGCUCAGGUACGGCCUGCCAGUCAACUUCCAGGCCAUUCUGAUUGAGCCCAACAAGAAGAGCGUGAAGCGUUUGCGCGAUGUUCUGAACCAGCUCUAUGGACACUUGGAUGGUGCAUCCGCCGGCGGACAUGUCAGCAGUGCUGAUAAUGUCGAUAUUCCCGGCUUGGGCUUUGGCCAGUCCGAAUACUAUCCCUAUGUGUUCUACAAGGUGAACAUCGAUAUGGUUGAGCAAACCAAGCUGUAAGGGGUCAAUCUCAUGCCUCUGCUUAGCACACACCCACACACAAAAUUAAUAUAAAGCAAAUACAAGAAAAAUAUGAAAAACUAAAAUUAUCAAUUUAAAUUCAGCUGCGACUCGUUGAGCAGCCUGGAAAUCUGUUAAAAAAGCUAAAAAAAAAAGAAAACCCUACAAGUCUAUCCUGCUCAUAUAUACCUUUAAAAUGCAUAGUUAGAAUCCAAAAAAACAACAAAACCAACAAACCGUUGCCACGCAAAUAACACGCAAAAAAUAAUAGUUUACGAUAAAUAAUUUUAGUCAUUGUUAUAUAAUUAUUGUUGUUAUUUAUGUUACGCGUUCACAGAAUUCCGUUUCAAGUUCAACUUCCAAAAAACAAAAAACAAAAAAGAAGAAAACAAACAAAAGCGAUAAGUAAA